AUGUGUGCCCGAAGAAAAAUUGUUAAACUUUUUCAUUUUAGCAGAAUUGAGCUGGGGGAAGGGGUGGAGCUGACGUUGGGCGAGCUGCGCGCCAUGGCGCUACGCCAGCAGCAGCAGAUAGACACACAGCACCAGCUGCUCUGUGCUAAGGAGCAGCGGCUGCGAUACCUCAAACAGCAAGAGGCUAGGCAACACCAGGUGGCGGUAGAAGGUGAGCGUCUACGACGGUUACGUGAGCGCGUAGAGGCACAGGAGCUCAAGUUACGGCGGCUACGGGCGCUACGGGGACAGCUUGACAGAAACAAACAAGCGAAUAUUGCUCUUACAAGUGACCUUGAGUCAAUACGAGCUUUAUUCAAUGAAAAAGAGAAAGAGCUGUCUGUGGCGGUGGCUAAGGUGGAGGAGCUGACGAGGCAGCUCGAGGAGUUGAGAAGAGGCAGAGUUCAACCCGCACCGCCGUCAGCGCACGAGCUUGACAAGUUUAGGAGGGAAUUGAUGUACCGCAACAAACUGAACGAGCAACAGAACGGCAGGCUGUCGGCACAGCGGGCAGCGCUGGGCGCGCGGCAGGAGGAAAUGAGAAGCAUCGACCGCCGCGUCUCAGAACUACAAGCAAGGCUGCUCAGAAAGAGAGCGUUGAAUCGGCAACUUGCGGCUGCACAUCGGCAACCACAGCAGCAACAGCAGCAGCAACAAAGAACAACAAAUCCGACUCCUAUGCAACAGUUACCUAAUUACUCUACCGGUAGCUCUGGGGUUAACAGUCAACCAAAGAACCAGCAACCUCGAGGCAAUGUUGCUGCUGUUGAACCUUACAACCACGUGCCGCAUGCUCAGAGCGUCAGUCAUAACACUAAUUUCCAGGCACCCAUGAAGCAGAAUGUAAUACAAAAUAACGUGCCAUUAAAACAGCUGACUCAAAGCGAUAAUAUUCAAAGUCACUUGACACAGCAAGAAGCACAUUAUUUACAACAAAAACAAAUGAUAAACCCAUUAUUCAACGGAUAUCCCAACACUCAUUUACAAGACAAUCAGUAUCAGGGACAAUACCCGAACAAACAUGACAGUUUCAGUCAUGUUCAACAAGGAAUUAGCAACGCUUACGAUCAGAAAUCAAUGCUCGACCAAAAUAAAUACAUGGACUAUUUGAAACAGCCGCAAUACAGUCCAAACAGCACAAGUAGUUCAAAUAGCAAUCAAACAGGCAAGGAUUUGAAGAUAAACGAGCAAGAGUUCCCGCCUGAAUUUGCAGCGAGUAAAUCAGACCCAAAAUAUCAAACUUUGCCAUAUAACACCAAAUUCCCUCAAAGCACUAAUGGGAAGCUAAAACCUGAAGCGAAUGGGAAAAGCAAUGAAAACUUGGAGAAGAAUGCUAUCAACGUCAACCAUAUGACUGUGCAUUCUACACCACUUUCAGUUGUGAAUAAAAGUUUAGCGACACCUCUAAGUCAAACAGAAUCUACAUAUCAGCAAGAUAAUACAUAUCAGUUGCAGAAAUCUGACUCUUCUAGUAGAUGUAAUCAAGAAGGAAAGGAAAACCAUGCAUAUCCACAGAAUAGGCUAAGUCAGAAUAAUAGUCAGAACAAUGAAGGUUUAAAAGGAAAUGUUAAGCAGCCAGUGCUAAAGGGCAGUUCACCUAGUUUAAGUUCUAAUACAACUUCUGCCAGCAGUUCUAUUGGAUUUGGGAAACCUGUAUCGAGUGUAGCACCCACAUCAGUUCAGGUCUCAAGUGGGAAACCAUCACCCAUUUACCAGACAUCCUCCACAAAGAUCCAACCGGUCCAACCGCAGACCGUUCAAACCCAAAGCAUCACUGUAUCAUCAUCAAAUCAUGUAGCUAGUAAUGUGGUGACCUCCCAACCCCAGAUCGUUAGAAACACUGCAUCAGGGCUGUCAACUAGUACUGGAAGUUCAACAUUUGCUGGACAGAAUGCGUCAUCACAGAGUAUCCUGUUAUCGCCACCACAAAGCGCCAGCACACCAUUGUCUACUCCUGAUGUCAGUACAGACAAAUCUCCUAAACCUGCCCUACCUCCAAAACCCACUAUCAAGACACCACCUAGACAAUCAGUAAACAAUGACGUGGGCUUCAAUCAAUCCGUUGAUAACAUUACACCAAUGCCCACCAUACCCUUGCCUUCGGACAUAUCCAACGACAGUGAACCGCAGCAGAAAGAAUCAGUCAGCAGUACGAGUAGCAACGAAAUGAUCAUUAAAGCACGCCCACUCACUAUCAGAAAACCACCGAUGAGUGAACAGCCUAAACUAAGAAAUGUUAGCAAUGCCAAGAAUGGAAUAAGCGUCAGUAUAAACAGACGUAUAGAAAUGCCUCCAGCAUUUUUAUUCCCUGAAAUGGAUCAUUUAGAAAACAUGCCUAAUGAAAACGGCCUUAAAGAGAAGAAACAAAAGGACGAAGUUGAUAGGGCUUUGAAUAAUAAUAACAUAUCAAUAGAUAGGCAAGAUGAUAGUAAGGAUAUUUUAGUGUCAGAUAUCACAGAACAGAUCAGUUCUGUGGACUUGAACGGUCAGGAUUCUCAGGGAUCUGAGAAUGUUCUGAGGCGGACAAAAAAGGGCAAUUUGAAGCAAGGUGGUAAAGCGCCGUUGACUAGGCGAGUUAGCUUCGAUCCCCUCGCGCUUCUGUUGGAUGCUAGUUUAGAAGGAGAGUUAGAACUUGUCAAGAAAACAGCAACACAGGUGCAGAACGCAAGCGCUGCAAAUGACGAAGGGAUCACGGCCCUGCAUAACGCCAUUUGUGCAGGACACUUUGAAAUUGUCAAAUUUCUAGUGGAGUUGGGAUGUGACGUGAAUGCACAAGACUCAGACGGUUGGACACCGUUACAUUGCGCCGCGUCAUGUAACAACUUGGCAAUGGUCCGCUUCCUUGUUGACAAUGGUGCAUGUAUAUUCGCAACGACGUUGUCUGACCACGAGACGGCGGCUGAGAAGUGCGAAGAAGACGAGGAAGGGUUCGAUGGAUGCUCGGAGUACCUCUACAGUGUCCAAGAAAAGCUCGGUAUAAUGAACAACGGGCUGGUGUACGCGGUGUUCUCGUACACGGCAUCACGUAACGACGAGCUGUCGUUCGAUACGGGCGAGAGACUGCAAGUGUUGAGGAAGGGCGACGACAACGAGCGCGAGUGGUGGUGGUGUCGGGACGACGCAGGGAACGAGGGAUACGUGCCCAGGAACUUGCUGGGGUUAUACCCACGAGUAACCGCACAGCAAGAAUGA